GCAAUCGUUUUGUUGACAUAUACACGUCACUUCCUCCAAACUCUCUUUCUUCGCGCUUGCGUUCUUCUCUCCAAUUGAUUUCCUUUUCGAACAUGCGCUCAACUGACCACGGAAGUACUGGCAAUCCUACUUUCAUCUCCUCUCCUCCGUAUUUCGAAAUCACGAAACUCCAUCACCAUCCCUCUUCCUACAUCCGAAGCGGUCAUUCAACAUUUCGUUCGGUGGAUCACAACUUCGUGUUGAUCGUGUAGAACAUAAUCCAAAGCCGCCGCAGGUGCUGUAUUAGAAAAAGCUGACAGAUCGUGAUAGGGAUUCUUACCUGGUGUGUGCGUGCGCGGGAUUGUCCCACUCACCUACUACACAUCCAGGUGUGUUAUCUCGCAAGAAAAUAUCUGAGCAAACAGAGCGAUAUGAGCGUUUUAGGCAUCGAUGUCUCUCACGAGAUGGUAGUAUGUUCCGUGUGUGUUGUGGUACUGGGACUACUGACUCUAUUCCUAGUGAUGGUUUGCAUGUUGAGCCUAGCUGUUCACAAAGACCGAAGUCGCAUGGAAUAGCCGGCAUGGAUGAUGCGGUUUAUAGACCGCUUUCGCCUGGCAUGGAUGCCGGGGUAAGUCGACCGCGGUCGCCAUGGAAGCGGUCUGUUUUCUUGAGACAGGAGGAGAGGAGGGGGCAUUUUAUUGCCGACGGACUGGACGUAUGCUCGUCAAGGCAGUAUGACCGGCAUAUCCAGAGAAUUAAAGAGGAACAAGAGAGGGUUCAGAAAAAAGUAUUCACUAAUUGGACGAAUCAUUAUCUAGCACAACAUGAUCCUCCUAUGAGAGUCGAUGAUUUGAUCGAAGACCUGAGAGAUGGUGCCAAGCUUAUAGCUCUUAUAGAACAUCUAUCUGGCGAACGUCUGCACUCUGAAAAAGGCCGAAGAUUAAGACGGCCACAUUUUUUAAGUAAUGUCAAUCAAGUUCUGCAAUUUCUGGAAAGAAAAAGGAUAAAACUUGUAAACAUCAAUUCUACAGACAUAGUUGAUGGGAAGCCUGCUAUUACACUUGGUUUGAUAUGGACAAUAAUUUUACAUUUCCAGAUUGAAGAAAAGACGAAACUUCUUACAGAGCAGAUGGCAUAUCUGCAAACAUGCGCUAGCAGUACGAGCAGCAUUGACAGCGUCGGCUUGAGUCCUAUGACAGCAGCACAUGAUACGCCUCGAAAGUUGAUUAGUACUGCUCCUGCGGCGGCUAUUAAACCAACUGCUAUCGAGAGAUGGAAAGGUGGUGCUAGAAAAGCUCUUCUCCAUUGGGUCAAGAACAGUAUUAGCCAACGGUUUGGUGUAACAGUGAAUGAUUUUGGAAGCAGCUGGCGUGAUGGAAUGGCCUUCCUAGCUAUAAUUCAUCGAAUACGUCCUAGCUUGGUCAACAUAGAUAGCCUGAGAAAUGCAAGCAAUCUCACAAGAUUAGAAACAGCAUUUAGAAUCGCUGAAUCAGAAUUAGGAAUAGCUCGAUUACUAGACCCAGAAGAUGUUGAUGUACCUCAUCCAGAUGAGAAGUCAAUCAUGACCUAUGUUGCUCAGUUCUUGCACUUAUAUCCUGAAACAUACGCUUCAGUUGAUUUAGAUGAAGUGGAUGUAUCAUCAGCUCAUCAAACAUCAGAGUUAGAAAUACUCUCUCUCUGGUUGGAUAAAGCAGAAUCAAUACUGGCUAAUAGAAGAAACCCUUCUGUUGAUUAUAAAACUCAAUAUCAUGAUUUUUACACUCUGAAGUCAGAAAUGGAAAAUCACCGUGAUAUCUACGAACGCCUACGAUCGAAAGUGAAUUCGACACAAGACAUUGAUCUUAAAACUAUGUGGCCUAGCAUACUUCAAAGAUGGACACAAGUUGAGAAAGAGUUGCACAAUUGGCAGCAGUCACUCGACCACAAUCUGCCUGGAGCAUUGGGACAAAUCAGCAGGUGGAUCAUGGAAGCAGAAAAGCAACUAGCUCUGCCUCUGUUGCCAGCUGCGCCAAACAAUCAGAUGCUUCAUGCUGUUGAGCAAAAAUUAUCCGAACACCAGGCAUUCUUCAAACCAUUAGAGGGUCACAUAAAGUUUCUCCAAGGCUAUGAACAGCUACCAGAGUCUUCUAACGUGGCCCCAGAGCACAUCAGAGAUCUCCGUGACAGAUUGAACCAUGUAAAUGUACUUUCGCAGAAAAAGCAUAUCAAACUGCAAUUAGAACAUUCCAGGUAUGUUCUCCUGGAGUUGUUAGCAAGCAUCGAAGAACAUCUCAAAGAGUGGAAUAAGAAAUACGGUCGAGAAAAAGAAGUAGAUGCCCUAUUACAAGAAUACAAAGUAUUUACGGAACAGGGACAAAUUUAUCAGCAAUAUGAUACGUGUUAUGCUCAAAUGAAAUCAAAUGUUGAACAUUGCCAACAUAUAGGAGCUAUAGAUACCAAGGAACUGGAUAAAAUGGACAGAUUCUUAGUCGACGUAGAUGGUUUGUGGAAAAAAAUGAUGGUAGAACUACAUUCAGUUGGGAACACUGCCAACCAAGUAUUAAAUUGUUGGAAAAUAUAUUCCGAAAACUUACCUUUGCUCCUGGAUUGGCUUAGCAAAGCUGAAGUUGCAGUUAAAAAAGACGAAGAUUACCGAAUCGAAUUUUUUUGUAAUCUUCCUCAAUGGUUAAACACAAAAAAUCAGGUUAUGGAUUCUGGAAACUAUUUGAUUGCAACAUGUAGAGAAGAUAUCGCAAAUGAAAUUAAACAGUCUAUUAACAACAUCCAAAUGAGAUGGGAUAAACUACAACCCAAUCUUCAGGAAUAUCUUGUGUCCGGCGAGAUUUUACAAUCACGGCAUGCCUUCCAAAAAAGUUUGAAGCAGCUACAAUCUUGGAUUCGAGAAUCUGAAGCGAUUUUUUCUCAGCAAGUCUUUCUGAGUCCUGCAGAAGUAGAGAAUUAUUCACUUCAAUUAAAGAAAAUACAGUCGGAGUGGGAGGACAACGACAAUUUAUAUAAAAAAUUGUCAAAACAGAUGCAGAAUGUUGUAACUCAUCUAACUGCUCCUGAAGUGGAAAAAAUUAUGUCACAAAUGAAAAAGGAAAAAGCAUCCCUUUUGCACAUUAAAACAACCACGACGACUCACCUGCAAUCGUGUUAUCAGUUAAUUGAACUUCAGUCUGCAUUUGACAGAGGUUACACCAAUUUAUCAAGUUGGUUAGACGAAGCAGAAAAAAUGAUUUCUACCUAUGGAAUUCCCAGCAGUGCUGACGCAAUAGCAGUUCUACAAAACAAACAUCAAGUAUUUUUCUCUCAAUCUGUGAUAUACAAAACUGAACUUGCUAAUCUGAAAAAUAUUUAUGGAAGUAUAAUUGAGCAAACAGCUGGUGUUUCGAAUUUAGAUACACGUGAAGUGCAGCUUAAAAUGUCAACUUUGAACUCCCGUUUUGAGAGUUGUCUGGCGUUGGCCAAUCAGUGGGAGUCUGCAUUGAGAGAAGCGGCCAAUCGAUGGAGUCUUUAUUACAAAAAUUUAAAAACUAUUAAAGAAAAGGUACAAACUGGCGAAUCAUACAUGAACAAGACUCUAGUUGAUGACAAACAGUUAAAAGAGCAAAGGGCAUUUUUCAGUAGUUUGAAUGAUACCAUUUUAAGAAAUUUUCUUACUUCAAGUGAUGCUGUUUUAGCAACAUUACCUGCAGCUGAACAAACUGAAGUUAAAGCCACAGUUGAUGACAUGCACCAAAGGUGGAAGAAACUGAUGGAAAAAUCCCCAUACUAUUUGCUGCUACAAGAAUUUAAAAUAAAAGAGCAAGCAUUUUCUCAACAGUUACAUGAUAUGAAGAAACAACUACAAAUGGAACAGCAACUUAUAGAUAGUGGAGAAAAAGGGCACUUUAUUUUAAAGAAACAUGACGAAUUUUUUACUGUGUCUCGCACAGCUCAGGUGAAUUAUUGUUUAAAUAAUCUAAAAGCUUUAGUUGAUUGCCAGUCCUCUUCACCCCAACAAGACAACAGCUACAUGACAUCGGCAUAUGAUAAAAAUGAAAAAGAAUGGGAACAAAUUCAAGAACAAAUGAAGUUAAUUACUAGCCAGUUACAACAACUGAAGGCAGAUUGGACCGAAUACCGUCAAAAAUUCAACAAUCUUCUUUCCUGGAUGGAAGAUGUCGAAAAGAAUAUUAAAUGCAUCACAGGGAAUAUUUCGUCAUUAGAGGAAUUUGAAACUGUUAAAGAAAAAUUCUUGGCAGUGUGUGAAGUUGUUGACAGUAGAAGAGACGACGUCAAGUGGUUGGUUCGAAAGUUAGAUAUGUUGAUACCCCAUGUUCCAGAGUCUGAAGCAUAUGAAGAGAGAAAGAGACUUGACGCAUUACUAGCUCGUUACAAAUCCCUCAUACCCGAAAUUAAUACAACGAUCGUUGUCACUGAAACGAUUACUAAAUGCUUCAUAUAUCGAGAAGAGAUCGUUGAAGUUAUUCGUUGGUUGAAGGAAGUUAAAGCCUUAACAGACUCUGUAGAAGAAGUCACUUACGAUAAUCCUGAGAAGCUGGCCCAACUUUUGCAGCAGCAAGAAGCUCUAGUACACCAACUUGAAACUCAUUCUGACAAUGUGAAAUCUCGAGUACAGAAGGGUAAGGAAUUGGGAAAAUUGCAAAGGUCACCCAAAUUCAUUGAAACAGAUGUUACAGAACUGGAAAAGAAUUGGAUGGAAGCAUAUGAGAAAGCUACACAUAAAUUAACUGUUUUAAAGCAAGCCCGCAAUUUGUGGACAGACUAUGAUAAACAAAAGGAUGAAAUAUUUCGCUUAUUAAAACAAGCUGAUGAUGAAUUGAAGAAACUGAGUCAAACAGCUAAACUUCACAAAACUACAGAUCAGUACCAAGAGUUACACGAAACAACUGAAUCCCAUCUCCAGAAGUUUAAAGCUGUCAGCAAUGACUUGGCACCCAAGUUGAGUGAGCAACAAAGGCCGUUACUCCAGAAGGAGGUCGUUGAAAUUGAAAAUCGUGUUUUGAUGGUGCUAUCAACUCUCAAAGAAAAUGUUGAAUAUCUUGAGAAAACUACGGAAAAGUGGACUAAAUUUAAUUUCAAGUUAGAGGGAUUUGUCAACCAAGUUGACGGUGUAAUCGAUCGCUUAAAAGAGAUUCUAUCUUCAACUGCACCUGCUGAAGAAACAUUAAGGAAAUUAGAUGAACUCCACUCAGAAAUCAGAGAGCAAAAGCAAGUGUUAACGAACCUGGAAACAGAAAGCAAAGAAUUGGCCGCUGACCAGCCCGACAGUUCCAACGUGAAGCAGAUUAUUGGUCAGUUGGAAAACUUGAAGGAUCGUCUCCACACUCUGGAAGAGACAGUGAUCACGCAGCGAAACGUAAUAUCCAAGAAUCUUGACGAGGUACAGCACGUGAAGGACAUUCUAAGAACAGAAAGGGAUGAACUCAAGGCGGCGGAAUUGAGGGUGGAUGCCGGUUUGCCAACUCUUUCCUCAUUACCAGAAGCACGUGAGAAGAAGAUAGAAACGGAGAAAUUUUGUGCCCAUUGCCAUCAUAAAAUCGAGUACCUGUCGGAUGUCAGCACACAGACCAUCACUGAAAUAUCUGAUGCAGCUAUUCAGUGCGAAUUCAUUCAGUUACAAGAUCAAUGGAAGACAAUAGCUGAUACAAUCCAAACUUGGGUGGAUCAGCUCCAACACAUCAUCAUUCUAUGGGAAGGUUUAAGCGUCAAAUUUGAAGAUCUCUUAAAAUGGUUGGAUGACAGGGAGAACCUAGUCAAAGAAUUUGCCUCUGCUGAGACUCGUAAUGUGAAAAAACUUGAAGAGUAUAAACAGAAACUUUUGAGCUUACCCUCUGAAAUCAAUGAUCAGCGACAAAAUCUCCGAAAAGUCAAUGAAGAUGUCGUUCAACUAUCUAACCAUUUGUCGCCAAAGACUGUUGUGGCACUUCGAUCCCAGACAACUGAUAUUCAGAAAAGAAUUGAUAAAUUUGAAGACACCUUGCGUAUGCUAUUAAUACAGCUGGACUCUUCAAUUUCGCAGCAAGAACAGCUUUUCAAAACUAUGAACACCUUCAAUCAGUGGGAAGAAGACGUAACAACUCAACUUCACAAGUUCGAUGAUAUAUUUGUCGAUCAAAUCGAAGCAGUAAUAAAGAACAUAGAGAUUCUGAAAAAAGAAAAUAUAAGCCGUCAUGAGGAUUUCAACAAAAUAUAUUCAGAGGUGAAAGUAAUUGCAACUUCAGGCGAUUCUGCAGAUAUAGAAUCGAUCACCUCUUUGUACUCCAAGCUUUCUGAGCUAUAUCAAAAAACAGAUGAGCUUCUAUCCAAAAAACACGAACUUCUACAAAGACGUUGGAGCUUUGAAUGCUGGUUCAGGGAUAUGUGUGAAAGGAUUAAACUUCUAAAAAACAAAAGUGAAAGUAGAAAAAGCAAUCCUGAAGAAAUCCUCAAAAUUAAGGAGGAGUUGAAAAAACUCGAGGACGAAUACCAAACUACUUCUCUUGAUCUAUCAGGAUUAGACAAUGCUUUGAAAAAUAUCAAUCAGAUCAUACGCGAUCGUAUUACUACGUCACACGUGUCUGUUCAUGAUCGCUUGACUCACAUUCAAGAGUUGCUGCAUUCUCUAAAAGAGAAACUCUCCAACGAGGAGGCUGAAAUUUUGAAGUUCACAAAGAAAUGGGAUGAAUUCAAUAAAGAAUAUGAUGAAUUGUGUAAAUGGUUGUCGCAAGUAAAUAAAACGACUAGUGAUUUACCCUAUGAUGCGCCCACUAUUAAUGAGUUUGAAGAACAGUUGAACAAAUUGAAAGUGGUGCGAGCUGAAAUGGAGGCACAUAAUCCUUCCUAUACAAACAUUCAUAGUCUUGGACGAUCCAUCAUUGAAGAGGACUCUUCUUCCUUCACUGCUGUUCAAGGUUAUUUAUCAACAAUUGAUAAGCAAUGGGAGCAACUUACAAGUGAACUUGCUCGAAAAGAAAAAUCCGUCGGCCGUUGUGUACAGCUCUGGAAAGAUUGCAUUACACACCAGCGAGAGAUUACUGAUGUCAUGAAAAGGUCAUCAAAAUUAAUAGAAAAGCCCUCUUUCGUACCUUGUGAUUCCGUUCAAGUUACAAAACUACUAGAAAACGUGAAAAAUGCAAAUGAAAAACUAAAAUCCCAUCAUCAUGAAGUGGAUAAUUAUAGUCACAGAGCAAAUGAAUUAAAGGACGAACUAUCCUCUAAUAACUUAUCGAGUAAGCUCAGCAUCGAGAAUGAUUUAGUGGACAUUCAAAAGAAAUGGAAAGAAAUUAUGGCACUCCUUGAAACAAGACAUCAAAAUUUAGAAUCUCAGCUCAUGCUGUGGCAGCAGAUAGAAUUCGAAAAGGAGCAAACUAUCAGCUGGUUAACUGAAAUCUGCCAACUGCUGAAUGAUCAAAUUCAUAAGUUUGAAAGUCGAGAAAAAGCUGAAAUAGUACUAGACAGAUAUAAGAAUGAAUUGCAUUCGUAUGUGGAAUUAAAGAUUAACUUACUCACUAAAGUUGAAUCUCUGUUAAAACUGAAUGAUAAUAACGAAAUUCCAACUCUGACAUCUUUGCAAACUGUCAUAAAGAGGCACUUUGAAGACGCUUCUGAUUUAGCCGAGAAGUUAGAACAUCGUAUUCGAGAGCUCAACAUGGAGGAAAGUGAAAUACGAAAAGAGCAACUGGAUCUCAGUGAGUGGUUGUCGAAAAUGAGAGAAUCAAUUUCGAAGUGUGAGGACGUUUCUGCUGAUGAUGAGACCAUAUUGCAAAAUCAUGAUAACUGCAGGCAAUUGGAAAAAGAAAUUUUAUCUUAUAAAGGACGAUUUGAAACAAUGCAGAUGAAAACUGCAGAAUCCAAGCAAAAACAUUCCAAUGUAGAUUCAUCUUAUAAUGAGAAAGAAAAUGCUACUUUGCAAAAAAGGUACGAUAAAUUGAAAAGUAUGGCAUCCAAGGUUGCAAAUUCAUUAGCAUCAGCAGUGGAGCGUCGUUAUCAAAUGGCUUUGCAAGAUUUCCAACGGUGGAUGAUAACUAAUUCGGAGAAAGCAUCAUCCUGCAAUCCUGAUCUUUCCGGUGACCGUUACAGUUUAGAAGCCAAAAUGGGCAUAUUACAGGAAAUUGAAAAUAGUAUAGUUCACGGAGAAAGUAAAAAGAUAAAGUUGGAAGUGACCGCUGGUAAUUUCAGUCAGGUACUUCCAACUGAUCGUCAUCCCGAAAUACAGUCUGUCAUCGAACAAGCAAACAUUGAUUGGGAGGCAUUCAAUACAUCCAUUGCUAACACCAAAAAACACCUCCAAAAAAGUUUACUCCUUUGGCAAAAAUAUGAAACUCAAAGUGAAAGUUUUAGUUUAUGGCUGAAGGAUAUGGAAUCAAAAGUAAAAUGUGCUACAACUCAACCCAUUGAAUUAGGAGAUAUUCAACAACAGCUUACUCUCAUCAAGACUCUUCAAAACGAUGUGAAGAACCAAAAAACUAAACAUGAUGAAUUGCUGGAUAUCAUACAACAAAUUUGUCUUGAGUCCCCUGAAGUUAGAUUAAAGACUCAAUCUUCUCACAUCACAUCACGUUAUCAAGCACUUGACAGAACUCUUCAGGAGGCCUUAAAGAGGUUGGAAAAUCUUCUUCAAGUUAAAAAAGAUUAUGAAUUGUCCAAAACUAAUCUUCAAUCUUGGCUCGUGGAGAUGGAUCAGCUUUUGCAACCGAAUCUAGAUGUAUCUGGAGAUAAAGAAACUUUGCAAACCAAAUUGCAAUUUCUAAAGGACCUGAUGGUUAAAAAGGAAGAAAACGCUCCAAAACUUUCAUCUGUCAUCGAUGCAGGUGAAGUGAUAUACCUUAGCCUGAGUAUAGAAGGCCGAGAUGAAAUACGUAAAGAGAUGAGAUUGCUGAGAGAUACUUGGGAUGACGAGUGGGAGAAAGUCCAGUCUGCGAUGAAGAACAUCGAAUCAUCGUUGAUGGCAUGGGGAACAUUUGAAGAAAGCUGCAAACAAGUGUCUGUCUGGCUGAAUGAUUUAUCUGGACAAUUGGGAAGGGAUGUGCCAUUAAAACCAAAUUUAUCAGAGAAAAAACUUCAGUUACAAGGUUACAAGGCCAUGUCGCAAGGAAUUUUGGCUUACCAGCCUGUUAUUUUAAAGCUGACCGAGAAAGCAACAUCAUUGCCCGAAUCUUUGUCCAAAAAGGAAGUUCAAGGGUUUAAAUCAAAAUAUGACACUCUGAUAGAAACUGUUAAGGAUAGAAUAGUUACGUGCGAUAAAUACGUGAUUGAGCAUGAAGUGUAUUCUGAGAAACUUGAACAGUUUCAAGAUUGGCUGUCCUCUUUAAAAGCGGCAGUUGACACGAACAUCGACCAUGGAGAUACUGAAGGAUUGAAAGUUAAACAGAUUGCGUUGUCCACGGUGAUGAGCUCUCUAGAAGAAGGUGAAGAGAAACUUCAUGAGCUGCAACAAAUACUUUCCUCGGUGCUGCAGCAUACUGAAGCCGGUGGUCACGAUGUCUUAAAAUCUCAUCUCUCUCAAUUGAAAGAUCAGUGGGAAAACUUCAUGAAGCUGUGUAGAGGUGCCCACGACAGCAUUUCAGAAGCUGUUCAAGAUCGGGGCAGCUGUGAAGAAACAGUCUCCCUCCUGGAGCAAUGGAUUGCUGAGAAAGACGCAAUCUUACGAGAACAAAUAUUGCGCAGCAAUUUGAAAACUAAACAAGAUCAAUUGCAAACCAUGAAAGAAUUGGAAAAAGAAAUUUUAACUAAACAGACAGAUUUUUCAACUUUACAUGCGAAACUGGAAUCCAUGAGAACCGAUGCUACCUUUGUUUCCAGAAUAUCAAGAAUUUUGAAUAAAUAUCAAUCUCUGAAAAAUUCAGCCAAAGAAGCAGUAAGGAAAUGGGAUUCCUAUGUUAAGGAACACGAACUUUUUGACAAGAAAUAUUCAGAUGUUCUCAAAUGGCUUGAAGAACCAGAGAAAAAAUUACAAGAAAAUUCAGUUCUUUUUGGUGAUGUCAUAACUUUACAAGAAAGAAAAUCUUGCUUGGAGAAUCUGUGUGAUCUGUUAUCUCAAAACCUCCAUCAAAUAGAAUCAACUGUUGAAAUAGGAGAAAGAUUAUAUUCUUCAACAUCGCCAGAGGGUAGAGAAACAAUCCGCCAAAAAAUAAGGAGUUUGCAAAAGCAGUGGGAAACACUACAAGAGAAAUGCAGUACUACCUUAAGGUCUGCUGAUUCUUGCUUGCAAAAACUCAUUUCUUUUUCACAAGGUCAAGAAAGACUAUCAAAAUGGCUGCAGGAGGUUGGUUUAUCAGUGCAACAACAUACUGAACCGAAAUCGACUUUGCAGGAAAAGAGGGCACAAUUUCAAAGUCAGAAGGUUAUACAUCAAGAUAUUUUAUCUCACAAACCCCUAUUGGAUAACGUAUUUGAGAAAGCAAAUGAGCUUAUGGCUGUGACUGGGGAUAAUUCCAUACCAUCAUACAUAGAAGAAGUUAAAAUGAUGUAUAAUGCAAUGUGUUCCAAGUCUGAGGGCUUACUUGAUAAACUGAAAAAUGGAAUUAAAGAUCAUCAGCUGUACUUGGACAGAUGUCGUGAAUUCCAAGAUUUUGUAUCGAAUUGUAAUUUGAAAUUGCAAGAAUGCAAAGAUACCACUGGAGAGAAAAACAACAUCGCCAGUCGGCUUGAAACAUUAAAGGAACUCAGUACAAAACAGGCAGAUGGUAAUAAAAAUCUUUCAGAGUUAGAGAAACUUUCAAAUAUUGUGUGUAAAAAUACCAGCGAUCAUGGCUGCGAAAUCAUCAAACAUGAAAUGAAAGAGCUCUCCGACUCAUGGAGUCAGUAUACAACGACAUUGCUUGAGGGUAAAUGCAAUUUAGAAAACAUCAUCCAACAGUGGCUUAGUUUUGAGAAAAAUGUUGAGAAACUCAACAACUGGUUCAAAGAAAUCGAUGCUGCUUUGAAAAAACCUCAACUGCAAUCCACGCUGCAAGAAAAAGAAGAGCAGUACACGUUUAUAAAAGAGUUGAAUGAAAGGGUCCUAUCAUGUCAAAAAGACUUGGAUAAUUUGACGGAUGAGGCUCAUUCUUUAACUCAAUCUUCUGGUGUGGAGAACAUCAAAUUUGAAGUUUCCCAGCUCAAUGUCAGAUACCAAAAUCUUGUUUCACUAGUUAAGUCUUUGUUGCAUCGUUGGGAUCUUAUAGUCCAAGAUCAUAAGGCUUAUGAGCAAAAAGCUGAAGAAUUUUCUGAGUGGUUAUCUUCUGGAAGAAAAGUUUUAGCAGAAAUUGAAACGGAAGAAAGUUUGGAGCAGAGCAUGAUUAAGUUGCAGGUUUUGGUAAACGACAAGUUGCAAGGUCAACAGCUCUUGACAGAAACAGUGCAAAGCGGUGAGAGGCUUUACCAAGAUACUGCGACUGCCGGUCGGGAAUCCAUUCGAGAAAGAUUAAGAGAACUACGAGACAAAUUUGAUUUAUUCUCCAAUAAUGUUAUUGAGGUUCAAAGGCAGUUAAAUUCACUAAACCACCAUUGGGUCAGUUUCAAAGACACUUUCAAACAAAUUCUAAACUGGAUGGAUGUAACAGAGCGAACUCUGGCAUCUGAUGACAUGAAUCUUCCAACACUACAAGAUAUAAUGCCACGAUUAUUAAAAUAUAAGACUCUAAACCAGGAAAGUGAAUCCCAUAAACGGCAACUCGAUCUUCUUCAGACAAAAGUUCAGUCGAUUGCUCCACUUAUGAAGGAAGAAGAUUUGUCUCUUUCCAUACUUGAAGCAACAGCCCGAUUCAACAACUUAGUCUCUGUUAUAAAGGAUCACUUAAACAAAAUAGAUUUCUUGUCCACGUCAUUCCAACAAUGUCAAGACCAAAAAGAAACAUGUGAAGAGUGGUGUCAGAAAAACGAAGAAAAACUCAAUCUUUUCUCAGAUCUUACUGGUAAUCGAGCACUUCUAAAAGAUAACGAAGAAAAAUUAAUGGACCUGAAGGAGCACUUACCAGAAGGACAAACCAAAAUAGAUCUUUACAAAAAGUCACUCCAACAAAUCUCUCCAUCAAUCACACCCAGGGAUUUUGAACAAUUAGUCAAAUGCCAAGCUUCUUUCGAGAAGAGACUUCAAGAUCUAUCGACUAACAUUGAUGAAACAUUGAAAAAACUGGCAGAAAAAUUUAAGCAAUGGGAAAUUUAUGAUGAGAAAUGUAAUUCCAUGACUGGAUGGUUAGAAAUCAUGGAACACAAAAUCAAGGAAUUUUCUCCCAAAACAACUGUUGAAGAAAAGACUGAACAGCGUGAUAAAUUCCAGAUGUUGCUUCAAGGGAGCUAUGCAAAUAAUUUGGAUGAUAUUUUAAAUCCGCCUGACACAGACACAUCUUCUCAAGCUUUACUCAAUGAGCUUCAGGCUAAAGAAGCUGAUUUUGAUGUUUUGUCUGAUGAAUCACAAGAUUUGAUUGCUACGAGUGGGGAAUUGAGAAUAUCAAUGGCAACUUCUCAACUCGUUUCAAGAUUCCAAUCCAUGCUUCUAACCUGCAAGGAACUUACUCGUAAAAGUGAACAACAUGUUGAGGAUCAUGUUCAAUUUAAUGAAAAACACAAAUCAUGUUCCGAAUGGAUUGAAGAUGCUGCUUCUCGCUUUGGAAAAAUUAAUGCUCUUCCAUACUGCAAUUGUGAUAGUUUACAAGAAAAACUUUCUCAAGUUCAGGCUUUUCUUCAAACUAAAGAUGAAGGUCUCAACCUGCUGAGUGCAACGGUGCAGUACGGAGAACAAUUACAAGUGGGAUCUUCUCCGGAGGGAUGGGAAACAGUUCAAGUAAUGCUGCAAAACCUUCAAACAGCUUUUGAUAAAGUGUUUGAUGAUGCUGCCAGCUUAGAUAGGUCACUGCAAUCUACUCAGUUCGUAUGGUCUGAGUUCGAAGAGACUUUACAAAGGCUCCAACUUUGGAUAACAAACUGUUCCUCCAACUUUCACGAUUCCCCCAAAUUGGGAACAAGUCUUGAUUCUAAGAAAGGACUACUUCGUACAUAUAAGGCACUAUUGGUUGACAUCAACGGACAUGAACGAGCGAUUGAUGAUUUGCAAAUUUCGAAUGAUUGUGUUCCUACUGUUGAUAAGAACAUGGAUGAUAUUAUAAACUCAUUAGUUUCGAAGCAAAAGGAAUUAAAAUCCAAAGCAGAAGAAUACAUAUCAUUUUAUGAAAACUCUGUUAAUGAGCAUGAUAAAUGGAAUAAAGGUGUUGCAGAACUGAAAAGCUGGUUAAACUCAACUCAGUCUGCCAUAAACACUUGCAGAGACACGAACCUUGACCGUAUAUCUCUAUUAGGUUCAGUAAGAGACAUAAAGAACAUAGUUAACAGUUUUUCAGCCGAGAAGCCAAAACUGGCUAAACUAGCGGAAUCUCUGCAAAGCGUUAUGGCAUCUACGCAACAAGAUGGACAAGUGAAACUGUCAAAUGAAUUGAAUAGUCUUCAAGAGUUGUUUAACUCGACCGAACUCUCAGCGAAGUCAACAGCUGAAUUCUUGGAUGAUUUAAUGAAGCAAUGGUCUGAUUAUGAAGAACGCGUCGGCGAAGUGAACGCUUGGAUGAAAGAUAUCGAAAAUUCCUUGCAGAGUAUUUGUUUGAAGGAAAAUUUGCCGGAUAAGAGAAAUCAGUUGGAUAAAUUGAAAAAACAUCAAGGUGAUAUUAGAGAGAAGGAAUUAGAAAUCGACGCUCUGACUGAUAAAAUGCAACAACUUCAAAAGGGUCCUAGUAAACGACGCAUGAGCAAACUCAACGAAUUGGGCAUCAGUUAUCAGAACCUUGUUUCUAAGGCCAGAGAUACUUAUGCUAAAUGGAACCAGUACGUCAUGGAUCACCAGGAAUUUUUGAACCAAGUUUCUGAAUUUCAGAAUACUUUGAGUGACAUAAAAUGCAAAUUAGAUAAAUGCAAGUCACCCGAAGGAACUUUAGACGAUCUUCAUGAAAAGUUGAAAAUUGUUCAGGAUAUCUUGUGUGAAAAGGAAGCUUUAUCAUCCAAAUUCCAAAGUAUUACUGAUAAAGCUCAAGCUGUCUUGUCUUCAACUGCUCCACUUGGUCAUUCCUCAAUCAAUGAAGCCAUCCAAUCACUCCAAGAAGAGCUUUCCAAUUUGUAUUUAUCAUCAUCUAGUGUCAAAGUAACACUUGAAGAUUGUAUACACCAAUGGGCUGAAUUCCUUCAUGCCAUUAAACAAGUGUCUAAGUUUACGAGCAAUAUUGAAGACACUUUAGAAGAGGCCAAGAAGCCUCAAUCAUCGUUGUCAGAGAAAAAGUGCCAAUUAGAUAAAGUAAAGUCCCUGCAGCAUAAAAUACAGCAAGAAAAAAUGGAAGUGGACAGUCUGAAUAGAAAAACAGAAGAAAUAAUUGACAGAGGCCCUCAAUGUGUGUAUACUUCCCAAGCGAUGGACGUCAUUCAUAAAUUCCACGCUUUAUCAGAAACAUGCAAUGCACAGAUACUUCAAAAUGAUCAGAAUUACAAGCAGCAUCUGGCAUUUAGGAAUAACUGUGAUGGUUUGAUUUCCUGGAUGAGACACAUAAGAGAAAAAAUUCCUCCGGUUACUCGAUCUUUAAGCGACAGGUUAAAUUUAGAAUCCAGUGCUUCUGUUUUAGAGGAGCUUCUUGCAAAGAAAUCACAGGGACAAAUAAAAGUGGAUUCUGUAGUACAGAGUGGCGAAAUAGCUGCAAAUGGAAGUUCUGAAAGUGGAAAGAAAGUGAUUACAUCUGAUAUAAAUAAUUUGAAAUCGGAUUUUCAGAACCUGUUCGUUGAAAUUACCGAUCUUAAAGAAGAACUAGAUAACAUUUGUAUACAACUACGAGAGUUUAAAGAAGAAUAUGAAAAGGUUGGAGAAUGGCUGCAAGUGAUGGAAUCUGACGUCAAAACUCAAAAAACUAUGUUGAAAUCUACACUAGAUGAAAAACAAGCGAUGUUCAAAUAUUGCAAGGGUAUAGUUGAUGAGUUGGAAAAAGGUAGAGAAUCGGUGGAAAAACUGAGUACUUUAGCUCAAGGUCUUCUCACUUCGCACUUGGAUACUUACAUGAGAAACCAACUAACAAUCAUCAAUUCUCGUUUUCAAGUCAUUAGAAAUCUUGCAAAGGAUGUGAAUGAUAAAGCGUACAAUAAUUACGAACUGCACAGAACUUACAAGGAAAAAUUUGAUGAAGCUAUCAACUGGAUUGAAACCUAUGACACUAAAAUAAAACGAAUUGCUCUGGGAGAAGGAUCGAAAGCAGAUCUCGAGAAGAAACUUAAUGAAAUCCAAGCAAUGAGUAGAAGGCAAGAUGACGGUUUGUCUUUAGUUCAAAGUACUAUUGUUGCCUCAGAGAAAGUGUCACGAUCUUCAAAUCAGCCUGGAAAAGAUAUAAUUGCUGGAGAAAUUCACGAGUUACAGUCACGGUGGGACAGACUGCUACUGAGUAUCUCUGAAGCAAAGGUAUCGAUGGAAACUGCUUUACUGCAAUGGGCAGACUACACGUCAUCAGAAGCGAAAUUGGUUAAAUGGAUCGACGAACAUACCAAGAAACUAUCUGAAGUGCAACAGAUCAGUGUUCCAUCUGUCACUAAGGAGAAUGUGAACCAAAGACGAGCAAAACUGAGAAAAGCAGAUAGUAUCGUUCAAGAUGUGGAAUCCUUUGAACCAAUGAUAGAAUCCGUCAACGCAAAGGCCGAACAACUCCAGCAAGGAAUCACACCAGCUAUCCAGCAAAAAUAUCAAGAGCUUGUACAAGAAGCGAAGAAUUUCAGAGAUAAAGAGAAAAACGUAAUGGCUAUUAUUCAGCAAUUUCUGGACUCCUGCUUGGACGUUUCAAAAUGGUUGAAUACAUCGAGAGAAAAAAUGAGUAAAUGUGCAGCACCAUCUGGAGAUCGAGAUGUGCUGAAAGACAAAACGAGCAAAAUAAAGAUUUUACAAUCUGAAUUGGAUGAAGGACUUGAAAAACUUAGAAAUGCUGCAAGACUUGGAGAAAUCGCAAAAGCAAGUGUGGACGAAGAGGAAAAAAUUAUGAUUGAUGAUGAGUUGGCUAAGCUUCAAGAGGAAUAUGAAUUACUGAAAGAGAAUAUUAACGAGAUCAAAAUUUCCUUGGACGUUGGAGUUGUUAAAUGGAACGAAUAUGAUGAACAAUAUACAAAAUGUUCUGAGUGGCUUUUGAAAAUGGAACCACUUGUUCAGUCUUAUGCUAAGCCUCAACUUGACCUGCUUUCAAAGCGAGCCAAAUUGCAAGAAUUUCAGGACCAUCUACAAACCAUAUUUGAUUACCAGGGUGAAUUUGACAAACUAAACAUGAGAGCUCAACUGCUUUUAGAAACUUAUUCCGACUCGAGUAUCUCAAAUGCAUUUACUCAGCUUUCAAGAAAAUAUGGAUCACUUGUGUCAUUCUCAAAGGAAGUCAUGCAUCAAUUAGAGCAUCACUUCCAAGAGCACCAACAGCAACAAUGCAUGUACAGCGAAUGCAUCGAAUUGAUAGAUGUCUCACGAGAAAGAUUGAAUGAUUGCAAUCGACCAUCAAGUAGUGUUGACGAAAUUAAUGCGAAACUGAGCAGCUUAAAAGCACUGUCGAAUAGCAUGGAACAAGCUCAAAACAAAAUAAGGUACACCAUGGAAUUGACAGAAAAAGUAAUAUUAAAUACUGAUCCAAGUGGUACGGGUAGCAUUAAAGAAGAUGCUGAUAACUUGAAAGCUGAUUUUGAAGCCUUGUUGAAAGACAUUUCACAAGUUCAAGCUGAACUGACUGAAAGACUAGCUAUGGUAGGAGAAUUCAACAAGACUUUACGACAAUUUAAAGUUUGGCUGGAUGAAAUUGAAAGUGAGAUAGAAGCUACUGGUAAACAAGAACUUAAUUCACUCAUUGAAAAAAAAUCUAUAUUAGAGAAAUAUAGCACAAUUUUUAAGGAUGUACAAGCUCAUGAGCCAACAGCAAAGCGCUUGCAGGGAGAUGCUGUUAAUCAUCCUAAUAUGAAGGACGAGAUAGAAAGUUUACUGGAAAGGUACAAUAACUUUUUACUGAUAUCUCAAUCUUGUACAACACAAUUGCAAAAAGAAAUUGAAGAGCUUGAAGAAUACAAAAUCAUCUAUAAUACCGCUGAAACUUGGUUGCGUGAAACAAAAUUGAACCUUCACAACAUCGGGUUACAAGCCGGUAGCGUCUCAAUGAUUCUUGAAAAACUAUCUGAAUUCGAAAAACUAAAAGAAUCUUUUGAGGAAGGUGAAGUAUUAGUGAAAAAAGCAAAUGAGUAUGGGGAAAGUGCGGGAAAUAACUUGGGUUAUAUUGGAAGAGAUAGAAUCCAAUCAGAACUUGAACUCUUGAACUCAAAUCUAGAAUCUUUAAAUAUUUUGGUAAAUGAUUUGGAAUCAGGUUUGAAGCGUUGUCAUGAUAUUUGGUCUCAAUAUGAAGCAGCUCUAUCUGAAUUCCGAACCUGGGUUACAGACACUCAGAAUGAAGUUAAACCUUACAUCGAGUCCAAUCCAGAAAUUUCUGAUGCCGAGAGACUUCAGAAACUAAAAGAAACACAAAAUUUGAUAAAAGAGCACAAACAUGAUGCAGACUCUCUUAAUGCAGUGUGUGAAACUUUAGUUGAAGUAAGUUCUUUUACUCCGUGUCGUGAUGAGGUUCUAUCGUUGAGUGGAGAAUAUGCCAGUUUAAAUUCGAUAGUUUCAGAUACAAUAACAAAACUUGAAAAAUACAUCCUUAAUCAAGGGGAUUUUAAAGAGGCUUGUAAUGAGUUUACCCAGUGGUAUGAUCACAAUAAAGCUGUUUUCGAUAGCAAUUGUGAUAUUAAAGGUGAUCAAGAAGCUCUUGAAAACAGGCUUAAAAAUUUUAAAUCCUUGAACUCUAACCUUCCAGAAGGGCAAAGACUACUCUCUGCUUCAUGCGAUUGCGGUAAUAAGGUUAUGUGCAUUUUACCUGAAACAGCUCAAGUCACUAUCAAAUCUAAAAUAGACGAAAUGAAGCAAAACUAUUCUGAAUUUGCUACAAGCGUGACUGAACAUACUGCUUUGCUGUCCUCCAUAUUGUCUAGGCUUCAAGAACUAUCGCAAAAUAAGGCUAAAUUCAAGGACUGGCUGUCUAGCGUAGAAUUAAAAGUGCCAGAAAAAAUUAUAACCAAUGGGGAAAUCGUUGAAAUAAGGACUAAGGUGGAAAAUUUUAAGCAAAUUAUAACAGAUAUUGAAAAUCACAGGUCUGCCUUAAAAGAUUUAACAAACGAAUCAAAUGAACUAUCUUUAAAAACGGGUGAGGAUUUUGAAAAGGUAAAGAUUGCUGAAAUAUCUGAACACUUUGAGGCAGUAUUAAAAAAAUCAAAAUAUUUGCUAGAACAGCUUCAAAACGAAUAUUCUAACCUGCAGUCUUACAAUCAAGAUCUUCAAGAAAUUGAAAAAUGGCUUCUCCAAAUGUCUUAUAAUUUAAUGUCCCACCAUUCUUUACAAAUAUCGAACCUGGUGAAAACUCGAGAACAAAGUGCGAAACAUAGAAUCAUUCUUCAAGAAAUCCAGAACUAUCAAUCUUCAAUUGAUAGUUUGAAAGAAAAAGGCAACACCAUUAAAGAUGAAUAUAAGAACUAUAAUACGAAAAUAGUUAAUCAAAUCGAACAGCAAAUUAGCAAUGUUCAAGACAGCUAUGAUUCUCUUUUAGCUACAGCAGAAAGUAUUCAAGCUCAGCUUGAUGACGCAUUGAAUAAGUUUAAAAUUUAUGAGGAUAGUCUAUUACUUUGUGAAAAACUUUUAGGCGAAGCAAGGCCUUUUAUAAGUUCUGGUUUAGACCCAUUGAAGUAUUCCUCACAUGAAGCUGUUGACAGGUAUGAAACUUCGAAAAAGAUUUUAAAUAAACUUCUAGAUGGUAGAGAACAGCUUCAAAAUGCAAUACAAGGGUGUGUAGAAGCCACUUCCUCAAUUAGUCGACCGUCAAGUCCAGAUGUUGGAUUUGCCUCAUCACUACCUGAGAAAGAAAUGCAAAUUAAAAUUCAGUUGCAGGACUAUAUUGAGCAGUUAAAGGCAUUUUCACUUUCUUUGGAAGGCCUGAUAAGCGACUGGGAGCGUAUUAAUAAACUUAAACUAGAAAUUGAAAAAUGGAUUGAAGAGAAAGAAUGUUUCAUUAAAUCCCUCGAAGCCAACCCCAUUUCUUUCAGUGUAGAGUCUUUAAGCAACAGGCUGCAUGAGAUCGAAGAGAUUAAAAUUCAAAUCACCGAAAAGGAAUCCGAUAUAGAUAGCGUUGAAAAAAGAAAAGGAAAAUUCAAAGAGGUUUCCAAUAUUGGAAUCUUAAAAGAGAAAUUAAAGAAUCUCUCUGCUCAAGUAGAUAGGUUAAUGAACAAGUAUAUAUCUCAGAAAUUAGCUAUUGAAGAAAUGAAAGUUAUUUUCGUUGAAGUUGAAAAUCAGAUAAAACUAUCUGAUGAAAAAAUUGGUAAUAUUGAAAAUCAAAAAAUAGCCUCUUCUCAAAAGAAGCAAUUAUUACAUCAAUGUUCUGAAGAUCUGAAACUGGUUGAUUUGCUGAUUACAAAACUGAAAAGUAUGACCGAUAGCUUGAGCAAUGAAUUGUCUUCGGAAAGUCAAUCAGAUAUUUACAACAAAAUCUUUGCCAUCGAGAAGCGCUUAGAUGAUCUCAGAAAUAAGUGCUUACGUAAAAUAGAAAGCAUCGAGCUUGUUGAGACAAAUAAAAGCAAAUUGCGUGAAGAACUUGCUUCCAUUCUAGAAUGGAUUAAUGAGAAAAAACUGCAAAUGAAGACAUUACCAAAACCUGGAUUUCAGAAGAUUACCAUUGAGAACACCGUGCAAGAAGUGAAAUCUAUUCAAAGAGAAACACAGAAUAAAGAGAUUGUCAUGCAAUCGUGUGAAAAGAAAGUGGAAAAUCUGUGCACUAGUGUAGACCAGAAAGAGACUGAAGUUUUGCUUCAAGAUGUGCAAAGUAUGAAGACCAAGUUCGAAGAAUUAUGUAAACUUAUAGAGUCUGAAUUGGAAAAAGUGAACUCUCAUCUAUCCAAAUGCUCUCAGUUUGAGAAAGAAUUGAAUGAAAUUAAGCAAUGGAUUAGGGAAAAAGAACAGAGCGUAAAUAGAAUGGAAUGGUUCUCGGGUAAAUCGGAAGAACUUUUGGAAACAAAAUCUCUUUUUACGUUAGAAGAAACAAUAAUAAAGAAGUAUGAAGAAAGUGAGAUCUCAAAUCUUUAUAAAUCAGCUUCUGAUUUAGAAGAUUUAUGUAACGGUGAAGAUCAAGUUUGCUUAAAAUCCCUUCUUGAUGACGUUAAGAGGCAAUUAAACCAUCUGAAAAAACUUUUAGAGAAACAAAUAGAUGAAAUCAAUAAGAUGAUUGAGAAGCAAAAACAAUUCAAUGAGUCCUUAGAAACCAUUCAAUCCUGGUUAACAAAGGUAGAGACAAUAGUAUCAAGUAAUUUGCGUUUGGAUGCCUAUUUAGAAGUUAUAGAGGAACAGAAAGAAACUUACAAGUCUUUAGUAGAGGAAAGUAAAGAAGUUAUAGAGGAGAUCAAAAAGUUCCAACACAUAUCUGAAGUAGUCGAAAAGAAGAUGAGAAAUGCAGACAAAAUAAAUCUUCAGAAUAAAACGAAGACCCUUAAGGAAAAGCAUAGACGGUUGGAGGAAGCCUUGCAAGAACGAUUAUUGUUAAUUGACGAAGCGAUUUACCUUCAGAAAGAGCAAAAGCAACAGCUUGAAGAAAGCUCAAGAAGAUUCGAAGAGAUAAAAAUGGAAGUUCAAGAUUUAAAUAAACCUCUUGGGUUAUCUUUAUCGGACAUAGAAACUGUUUUACAAAAUUAUGAAUCUAUUUUUCAUAGAAUACAAGAUCUCAAAGAUAGGUUGCAAAGCAUACAGCCAGUUCCAAGUUAUGUUGAUCAAUUCAAUACCUUGAUAUCUAAAUAUGAGGAAUUGAUGCAAGAAGUCUUUGACAAACUUGUAAAAACAAGACAGUCCUAUGCAAACAGAGAACAGUAUCACAACCUUAUUAAAGAGAUCAAUGAAACAAUCUCAAACUGUAGCGAGACUGUAACUCGAAUUAAUGACGACAGUAUUCCACCUGAUGAAAAGCUUACAAAAUACCAAAGUGUGUUUGAGGAUAUAUCGCAAUGUGAAGCUCAGCAUAUCAAAGCUAGUGACAAAGGGGAUCAGAUUGCAAAAGAAGGUACAGCUAGUGAUUGCAAUAAAAUUAUGGAAGAACUGCAACAGUUAAAGAAAAGGCUUAACGAUUUGAAAAGGACUGUAGUUAAUCUGAAAACCGAGCAUGAGCAUCUCAUUGCAGAACAAAAGAAAUGCGUACAGGAAUUAGAUUGUAUUUUGGAGCAAAUGAGGAAUGGUGUUGCCAGUUUGCAAUCUCAGCCGAUGUUGAAUCUUUCUUCUCAAAGUGUUCAGAAGGAAAUAAAUAAACAUAAGCAUCUUUCUACAGAACUGAGCGAACGUUUGAAUGAUGCUUCCACUCUUUGUCAACAAAUUGAGAAUGAGGUUCAGGUCAGUUCCCUUCCGGCAUCGAUUCGAGAACAAAUAGAAGAAUGCCUUGUUCUGCAGCAAACUUUACCUAUAAUCAUUGAAGAACAACUUCUCUAUCUGAAGAAUGCCUCUGAAAUGAGAAAAGAAUUUGAGAGUUUAGUUGCCAACCUGAAGAAGUUCUUGGAUGGUGCAGAAAAAUUACUCGAAUUCUCUUCCCUUGGUGUAGACUUUUCAAGCGUCGACAGUAAACUAAUGGAUCUUCAGAGAUAUUUUGCAGACAUAAGCUUCUACGAAAACCAACUAGCUGAAAUACAAAAACUAUCUUCUCAAAUACGUCCAAAUUUGGUUGAAGAUCAGGUACCUGUUUUAGAAAAGGAAAUUGAUACCUUGAAGAAAAAACUGAACGAUAUAAUCAAUUCGGCUGACAAAAUAAUUACCGACACAGAAAUCGACUGCAUAUUGUGGAAAGAGUAUACUGAACUUUUAAAUAAAACCUCGGAGAAAUUGAAAUCACCAGUUCCGCAAGAGAAUCCAGUGAGUGUUUCUGCUCUCAAUACCUCCAUCAAGAAACUAUCAGAUCUUCUUCGCCAACUUCAAACUGAUCAGGCACUGGUCAAUGAUCUGAACGAAAAAGCGAGAGUUCUAGAUCGCCGGGCUAAUAAAUUAUCAUCUGAAGCUAUAAACAAUCAAAUAUCAAAGAUAAACUCUGAAUGGCAAGAGCGUUUGUGUCUCGUAGAAAAUCUUGUUUCGACUUUUACUGAUGUUCUAAAUCAGUGGGAAAUUUAUUCUGAGGUGGACAGGAAUGUGCUUUCUUCUCUUAUGGAGCAUGAAAGAAAAUACGAUGAAAUUGUGUCUACUACUGAAGUUAAAGAAACGCAUCUAAAGGAGUUGAAGGAUGAAGUUAGGAGAACCGGUGAUGCUAUCAAUAAUUUGUUUUCCUUGUCAUCAGACAUUCUUUUAUACUUAAAUAAAAUUCCAAAUGGCCGAGAGGUCGAAACACAUAUUAGAAACCAUCUUACAGAUAUCAAGAAAAGACAUGAAAGGUUAUUGCUUGAGAUAGAGACUAAGCAAAAAUUAGUUGCUGAAGAAAAUGAAGUUCUUGAAAAAUUGAAAGCAGAAAUAUUGUCAUUAACUGAUGUUAUUCAUAAAAUAGAAGAUCGAAUCAAGCUUCUGGACUGUUAUGUUGAUGAUCUUGACUGUAUUGAUAAAACAAUUACAGAAAUACAAGAGGAAGUUUCCACAGUAACUGAGACGGUGAAAACUGUAACUACUCGUACUAAAAAUUCUUUUAGUGAAAAGAAAUACGAAAUUCCAGAUUCUGUUACUAAAGCUCUUUCUUCUUUGGAAUUGUUAUCAGAAUCCACUUCUUCAGCUUUUGAAAACAUGGAACGAGAUUAUAGAAAAGCUAGAGCUAUUCGCUUAGAUUAUACUGAGGCAUUAGAUGCAGUUGUAGAGUGGCUUAAAAGAGCUCAAGAACAACUUCAGGAUAAGUCACAGUUGCCUGAACCAGCAUUGGAAUGCAUUACUAUAUUACUUUCUGAAGUUCUUCCUGUCAAAUCGAAAUUGGAUUCAGUUCGUAGAAAUGGCAUAUUAAUAUCUGAAAGUACUAAUAAUCUGGAUGAAAAGCAAAGUAUUUCCAAUUCCAUUUCAUCCUUAGAAGAUCAGCUAAAUAAAGUUGAAUCAUGGCUGUAUGAAAGAGAAUCACAACUCAAAGAAGCUGUCAAUGCAUUACGUCAGUUCUUGGAGUCUCAAAGUUUUAUUCAAUCUUGGGUUCAAAGAAUAGACUCUUAUCUAUCUGAAGAUUCUGAAAUUCUUUCCUUGCAAGAUGCUAAAAAUAAACUUUCCGAUCUGCAGAAUCUGUCUAAGGAGUCUGGACAAGUUCAAAUACAUAUCAAGAAUAUGUCAAAAAAAUUGGAAAAAAUCGGUGAAGCUUGCAGUCCUGGAGAUCUCUCUGACAUGCUUGAUAACAUUGAACAGGAUGAAAGCAGUGCAGACAGUAGGCUUCAAGAACAGUUAUCUCUUCUUCAAGAAAUGAUUGAGGAAUGGGAGCAGUGUGAAAGAAAAAUCAAAGAAGUUGCUAUGUGGACAGACAAAAUGAAAUCCAAUUUGGAAUCUCCUCAUUUCAAAAAGCGAAGCUUACGAGAUCAAUUAACAGCAAAAGAAAAAAUGAUGUCAGACAUGGCAGUUCAAAAGACAAAAGUUUUAAUGGCUCUUGAAAAGCUGCAAGUUCAUUUACGUUCCCAGUGUAGUGGUCAACAUCACAUCUUAGCUCGUGGUCAAAGCGUUCAAGAAGAGUUGGAAAACCUUCAUUCCCAAUUAGAAGAACAUUGCGAAACCUUACAAGUCUGCGUUUCUCAAGAAGAUCAAUAUCAGCAAGAUUUGCAAGCUCUGAAGCAUGGAAUGUCUCAAGCCAACCACCAAUUGAAAUUGGCUUCUAGUCCAAACAUUAAUAUUGAAGAAAAAGAAAAGAUUAAAGAACUUCAACAGGCUUUAGCAGAACAGAUCCAGAACUAUGGAAAGCAAAUAAAAAUUAUCCAUGAUCAUCUCAAGACUAUUCAUCAAAUGAGAACUCCUGAUAAAGAACCAUACAAAGCUCAAUUGACUCAACUGCCCAUGUCUGUCUAUCUUCCUCCACCUCCUAAAAUCUAUAUCCCACCCGAGUCCCCUCAUUCUCCAGACAUAAGACGUCGCCCAUUAUCCUUAAAUACUUCCCCCGUUGUAAAACGACGUCCUUUAUCUCAAAACUCAACUAGAACAGAAAAAUAUGUCAGGCAUUCGCAAUCACCGGCUUCACCUGCAGAUUUUAAACUAAGUUACGCUGCAGUGACUUCAAGCCCUAUAAGCAGUCCAGUUCCAAGGUCGUUUACACCCACUUUUUCAUCUCAAAAAAUGGGUGAAAAAAAUGCAACCAAGAGCACCACAAAAAUUAAAGAUCAUGUUGAUAAUGCUUCUCCUCAAACAUCUAGAAAAGAUUUUUCUAUUUUGAAACCUAAGUCUCUGGAGGCGAUCGAAACAACUGAAUCUUUUUCAACAAUUAAAGAAACUACUACUCAAACCGCAAGUAAAAUUGUAAAAAGUACCCCCAAAACUCAAGAAGUAAAACAUUAUGACAGUCAAGAUAAGACUUCUGAUUCAUUGAGAUCUGUUAGGAGCACUUCUCCUCUUGAAGGCUCUUCUUGGGCUUCAGGUUUUCUUUCCAAACCUUCUUAUGCUGACAUUUUGUCAGGAAGGGCAAGCCCAGUACCACGUUCACCAUCCCCACCUGGUAAUGAUUCAGAUAAUACAGUCAGAACUUCGUCUUACCAAAAAGAAAUCAUAGAUAUGGACGAAGGUGUAACGUCUUCUGAAAAACUUGAAUCAUCUGCUUUUAAAUCAUUAUCCUAUCAAAUAGCUUCUGAACCGAUUAUUGAAAUUCCAGAAUCUCCUGAACUUUCUAGAGAUAAAAAUUUAAUUCCCAUGAGCCCUAUCGGAAAACAUUUUGCCCGCAGUGCGUCUCCCAAAUUUUUUGACUUAAAAACUAGAACACCCUCGCCAUCUAACCUAAAAGAAUUUACUGAAUCUCGUGUAUCAUCCACAUCUGUUUCAAAAACAGUUGUUUAUUCGGGUGGUGAGCAACAUGUGACUCAAACUGAGUCUUCUCACAGCCAAAUUGAAACUAAAUCAUUUUGUGCAUCACCACCCGAAUCUCGAAAACUGACUUAUGCUCAAGUUGCCCGCAUAAGCAGUCCUGUGAUCGAUGGAUCUCAAUGUCCUUCUCCUAAACCCACUUCUAGUCAAACACAACAUUCCUUUGGUAGCAUUCCUACAAAGCCGCCAGAUCAGGGCAAUGCAAGUUCUGACCCUCACCAAAAGUCUUUUUUAGAGAUUAAUUCCGACAACAGAAAUCGUCCGAAGUUAAAUUCUUCAUCGAAAGAUGGAGGGAUGAAUAAUGAAUCUGAGCAUUUUUUAGCUAAAACUACGGAACAGAACCAAAAAAACUUGAUUAGGCCUCUGCUCAGACCUGGGGAGGAUGUGCUUAGAACACAUCUGCUGAGCAGGGGCAUGAAUUACCAUCAUCCUCUUUUUUGUGAACUCUUCAAAGUUACGCAAAAAACAGAGAAUAAUGUGGAAACAUUUAUUGUUUGCACAUUCACUAUUGCUGAUAAGCAGCUUAAUAGCACAUUCAAAGAAGCCAAAGCUUUACUUUUGGAGUUGCUAUGCCUUAAAAAUUGUAUUACUUUGAUCAAACAAUUUAACAUUUUCCUAAAUUCUUGCCCUCAUAUUGAUGAGUGGGAAUCGUUAAAUACAGAUAUCGGAGAUGUUGUCUUAAUGUGUUUGUCUUGUAAAAAUAUUAAAAUAACUUACUGUGUUAAGAGUGAAAAUUACUUAUCAUACUUAAUGACUAAUUGGGAGAAAAAUAGUAGCUCCAUAUGUGACAUAUUUAAUGGUAGGAAAGCUUGUUUUUUUACUGACACUAUUGUAGGUUUGCCCUUUAUUCAAAAAAAUAAUUAUUUUGAUGCUAAAUUAACAGUGAUUUCUAAGCAUUGUAAAAUGCUGGAUUAUUCUUUCUUAUCUUUAAAAUCAAAGAAAAAGAAAUCUAAGCUGAAAUUUUUAGAUUUAUAUCCUUUCCCACUCAUUGUUACAGAUGAUUCAAGUUUUUCUCUCAUUCCAUUCAUUCUUACACAAACUACCUCUUAUUCUUCUAAAACCUUUUCUGACUGUCAAAAUAUAUUUUAUAAAUCUUAUGAUCAAGUUGAUCAAUCGGUGGAGGAAGAAGGCUUACAUGUCUCAGAGCGUUCGUCAAGCAAUGAUAAAGCCAAACAAAUAUCAAAGGUGAACAUCACAAAUCCCAGCAUGUAUUUUCCUAACAAAGAUAUUGAAAGUUGUCCAGUAAAAAAUGCUACAUGUGGAAUUCAAUCUGGGAUAUCUAGUCCCGACAUAGAGGAUACUACAUCUGAUUCUCCAGCUUCAAAAUCUGUUGACCGUACUAUUCUUGUUAAAAAGGAAGCCGGCUCAAGUUCUGUUUUAGUUCCUAAAUUAGAGAGAUCAGCAUCAAAAGAUCUAGCUCUAAGUUUUGCAGCAGAUAUGAACACCGUUAAAAUAACUCAGCAGGCUACAGUCACUGAAUUCAAACAAAGUAUCAAAAGUUCUUUUUCUUCUCAAAACUUAAAUCAAGUUUCUUCUGUCAACAAGUCAGAUAAUGAAAUAUGUUUAGCAUCAAGAGAUUUAGCUCCAAAUGUUGCAGCAGAUAUGGAUACUGUUAAAAUAACUAAGCAGGCUAUAGUCAGUGAAUCCAAACAAAGUGUAAAAAGUUCUUUUCCUUCUCAGAACUUAAAUCAAGUCUCUUCUGCUAAGAAGACAGAUGAUGAAAUAUGUUUAGCAUCAAAAGAUCUAGCUCCAANUUUUGCAGCAGAUAUGGACACAGUUAAAAUAACUCAACAGGCUACAGUCACUGAAUCCAAACAAAGUAUCAAAAGUUCUUUUUCUUCUCAAAACUUAAAUCAAGUUUCUUCUGUCAACAAGUCAGAUAAUGAAAUAUGUUUAGCAUCAAAAGAUCUAGCUCCAAAUGUUGCAGCAGAUAUGAACACAGUUAAACUAACUCAGCAGGCUAUAGUUACUGAAUCCAAACAAAGUGUAAAAGGUUCUUUUCCUUCUCAAAACUUAAAUCAAGUCUCUUCUGCUACGAAGACAGAUGAUGAAAUAUGUUUAGCAUCAAAGGAUUUAGUUCCAAAUAUUGCAGCAGAUACGGAUACUGUUAAAAUAACUAAGCAAGCUAUAGUCAGUGAAUCCAAACAAAGUGUAAAAAGUUCUUUUUCUUCUCAAAACUUGCAGCAAGUUUCUUCAUCCAAGAAGUCAGAUAAUGAGAUGCGUCAGCUAUCAUCAGCUACUACUUCUUCCUUUACUCAACAAGCUAUAAAAACUAUCAAAAGUCACUCCACUUUUGAAACAAAAUCAACAACUGAAAUCAGUAAAAAGAGCGCCCAUUCAUCUACAAAAACUCAAAGUUAUCAAAGUGUGUCGAUUCAGAAAGAAGUGCAAUCUACAGUCACUGUUAAAGCACAAAAAAUGACUCUUAGUAAAACAGUUUUGUCUUCUAGUGCAAUAUCUGCAAAUUCAAGCAAAUUUGUUGAUCCUAACAUCUUACAAAUAUCUGAAGCUAAUGUGUCUGAAACAUCUGUACCAGUUGACAAAUCUUAUCAAAGUAAUUCCUUAGACAAUAAUGAUUUAAUUAUUCCCUCUCAAAAAGAUAGAAAUAUGGAUUCAUUUGUCUCCUCACAGCAUUUAGUUGAAAAUAAAAACUCAGACUUGAAAAGGAAAAUAUCUAAGAAAAAAAUAAAUAAAAAGAGUAAUGUGUGUGCCCCUGAAAAAAUAAUACAAUCUGACUCAUCUCAAAAUGAAAAUGUAAUGAUGACUCAAAAGGUUACUACGGAAUUAGAUCAAUCAAAAAUACCUUUUGAUAGUAAUCUGACUGGUGAAAUAACUGGUUCUCCACUAAUAUCUUUAAAUGUUAAGCAAACUGACAAAAUAUUUCAUUCUCAGAACUUUGAGAACUCUAACCCAAAUGAUGAUAUUCCUAACUCAGGAAUUCAAAUUGAAAAGAAUAAACCUUCUAAUAUUUCAGAAAAAUCAUUAAAUAAUCGCAUGGAAACUAUCACGAAAGGAAAAGCUAAGAAAAACAAGAAGAAAUCUUCACAAUCGACAAAUAAAGGUGACUUAAAUAUUUCAAAGGAUGGGCUAGUUUUAGAAGAAUGUGCAGAUAUAAAAAAGCUUGAACCCACAAAAGAACUCCACAGAGUUAGCCACGAAGAAGAAGUUCAGUAUAAGAGCUCGGGAAAUGUUCUAAGCGAAGAAUUUGAAAUACCACAGAAGCAAACUAAUACUGUUCAAUUAACAAAACAGGAUAAACUUGAAAAAGUCAUUGAUAGUAAAGCACCUGAUGCUGAUCACACUGCAUUGCUAAAAAAGAGUAUUCCUGAUACUUGCCUUUCUUUUACUGAAAGAUCCAUCAUCUCAGAAAAUGAUACUGUAGGUGUUGAAAAACCUGAACCCAAAUUCAGUAUUGAGUUUAAAGAGGAAGAAAUAAGUUCUGCAAUAUCUGCAGAUGAAAUCCUGAAUCUAUCUAUAUCUGAAACUAAUAGCGUUACAGUCAGUGACGAAAUAAACUUACCUAGCAACCAAAAAUAUGAACCUAGUAAUAAUAUAACACAGAAUAUCAGUGAUUCAGGAACUAGUCAAGCCAGAAUUGCUGCAGCAGAAAAAUUACAAUCUUAUGAUGAAUUUGAAAGUAUAACAGAAAUAAAAAUACCAGAAACAAAUUACUUUGGUGAAAAUAACAAAAUGUUGAUCGAAACUGUACCAAUAAAAGACAACACUGUGAUUGAAAAUCUUUCCAUUAACCAAGAUUCUACUAAGCCUAAGUCCAAAAGGCAUAAAAGAAAAAAAUCUAAAACAUCAGCAUCAGAAAACAUUCCAACCCACGAAAAGUCUAUUGCAAAAGAUGAAAUUGAUAGUAAUUGUAACAGAGUGUUGCCCUUGGAAACCUCCGUUGUGCCUGAAGUAGCUUGUGCUGUUCUGUUGACAGAUACAGAUAGAAAUAGCCAAGUAAGUAAAAGACUUCAAAAUGAAAAAGAAAUUGGAUCAAUACUAUCAGACCAAUGUCUUAAUUAUACACCUGUGCUUGAAUGUAAGCCAGUCCCUCUUGAUGAAAACUCUCCAUUUUUCUUCUUCCAAUCUUCAAAUGUAGUAGCUGAAGUUAAAUUUUCUGUACCUGCAGAAGAUGCAACUAAACACAUAAAUGAAUCAGGUGAUGAUCUUUCAAAUAAAAACAUAGCCGUGAACAUAAAAGGUGAAAUCCCACAAAAUCAUGACGUUAUUGGAAACCUAGAAGAAUCUAAUAAGGCACCAACUGAUUCUAUUCCAAUUGAAAAAGCACAAUUCGAUUCUAAUCAAGAUCUAAGUAGUACAGCAUUUAAAAAUCCUGAUAUUGAUCUGAAUCAGAAAGUUAUUACCAAUAUCAUAGACUCUGCUGUUAAAAUGGAUAUUAAAGAUUCUCCUGUUAUUGAAUCGAGUGGCAGCUCAAUUGCCAAUAAAAAGAAACAAAAACGGAAAAAGAAAAAGAAUAAAAAAGAUCCAAGUAUAGAAGAAUCUGAUACACAACUCAUUUCAGAAACAGAACCAUCGGAAAUUUUUCCCUCUGAAGAAAAACCUGUUGCAUCUUCAAGUAAAACUGAAACCCAAUCUAAUUCUGGUUCGCAUCAUAGUAUUUCGUCAUUUAAGGAGGAAUUUGAGUUUCAGAGUGGUUCUGAUAAUGUAUUGGUUAAGACAGACAGUUGUGAAAAUUCUAGUGACACGUUUUCUGAAUCAAAACAUUUUGACAAAUCUAAUUCUAGGCAGGAAAUGAACUUGCCAAAGACUAAAAAAUCUAGGAAGAAUAAGAAAAAGGAAGUAAUUCCCGAUUGCAAAAUUGAAAAUGCACCAAUAAGCAGAAAAAGUAUUUAUGGAGAAACUCUUUUACCUGAAGAGCAAAAUAUGGUUUCCAUGGACAAAAAUUCUCUCAACAAAUCUGUUAACAAAGUAGAACCAGUAAUUGGCACUACAGAAAAUCAGAUACCUCAAAUAUCAUCAAAAUAUGAAAACCUCUCGUCUCCUACUGAUACAAUAAUCAUAUCAGUUCAAAGUGCAAAUAAACAAUUAGACAAAAAUAAAUUAGAGGAUGUCAAUGGUACUGAGAUGCAAAUUAUUACUUCCGAGCAAGAAAAAGACUUACCAAAUAUUGAAGAAUCGGGUAAAUCUUUUCCUGAAAAGGUGCUUAAAACUGAAAAUGUUUGCCAAGAGCCUAUCUUGGAAAAUCCUGCGGAAUCUGCCUCCAUAAAAAAUGUAAUUACUUCAGAAAACAUUUCUAAGGAGUCUAUAUUUUCUAGUUCUUUUAAUGUGGAUAGAAUAGAAACAAAAAAUGAAAACUUAAAUAGCAUGACAGAUGACACCAAAGAAACACCACUGAUUUGUGAUUUAACUGAUAGUGCUGAUAAUAUGUUAUUGAUUAAGACUGAAAUCUCUGCUGAGCCCAUAGAAUUGGAAUACCAGGCUACAUCAAGCAUUUUGAAGGUUUCAAAUGCUACAUCAAAAAGUCCCUCCGAUUCUAGCAUAAAUGACUUAACUAUUUCGAAAGACUGUUCUGAAAGAUCAGUGUCUGAAAUAGCUUCUAAAAUACAAGAACCCAUAUUUGAGAAAGUGGCAGAUAAUGUGAAAGACGUUAGUAAUGAAAUUUCUUCAUUACCUACUAAAAUAGAAAAACAGAUUUCAUCAGAUCCUACUUCAAAAACCCAAAGUGUUUUUGUGGAUGAUAGCAAUGUUAAUCAUGAAAUGGAAAAAUCCUCAUUUAAAAAGUUUGAAGAUCAUGAUAAAAAAUGCAUUAAAAAUAGAGUUGAUAUAUUUCCAGGUGAUGGUGAGACUGAAUUAAAAAGUUCUUUAUUAAAGGAUGAACGAAAUAUAGAAUGCGGCAGUUUUUCUGAAAGCAGCAAAGACUCUAAUGACAAUAUUGAUUCACCUUUGCCAAUAUUGGAAACCACUGUCAGUGAGAAUACUUUAUUAAUGAGUCAAAUAGAUAAUGAGUUUAUUUCAGAUGAAAUUUCUGAAAAAGGUGUCUCACCUGAAAACAUUAAGAUUGAUUUAAAUUCUAAUAACAACAUAAGAAAAAUUGAAAAUAAUGAAAGCGAUUCAACAGCUUUGGACAAAGAAAUUUCAGAGGAACAAAUUUUACAUAAAACCCCUCCUUCUACUUUAAGGACUUCUAAGAAUUAUUCAGAAGAAUUUAAAUCUUCCACAUUGGCAAAAGAAAAUGUGGUUUUCUUGAGUAGUGAUUUAUCGGAAAAUUCUAGCUUGUUUUCUAAUCAGGAGGAAAUCUUUAAUGAAAAAUAUAUUGAUUCAUCCAAAACUGAUUUAGAUUUUAAAAAUACUGAAAAAAUACUUGUUGAUGAAAAUUCUGAGCAAAGUUUAGAUUCUAAUUUUAAAACUGUUUGUAAAAAAGAAAAUGAAAAUUCUGAAACGAUGUAUAUGGGUGAUGAAAGUUUAAUCAAUGACCAACAAAAAGAUAACUUAUUAGCAUCUCACGAUGCAGAACCAAUUUCUGCUUUUGCAGGUGUUGAAGAAGCUCUAGAGGACAAGCAAUAUCCUGAAAUCCUUAUGCAGAAAAGCAUAAUUCAUUCUGAUGUAUUGGGAGAGGAACUUGAAAAAGAUAAUGAGAAAAAAGAAUAUGAACAUAUUGUUUCUGAUUUUCCUGAUAGUAAUGAAAUCAAUGUCGAAAAGUAUUCUAACCUUUCAGUUGUUGAAGAUCUAACUGACAGUAAAACAGAUACCAUGAAAAAAGAAAAACAAUUCCAAGACAUCAUGCAGCCGAGUGUAAUUCAUCUUGAUGUUUCCAUGUGUGAUGCAUUAAAAGAGAGCUCAGAAAAAGAUAUAACAUCAGAUAUUAGAGAGACUGAAUCGGAUGAAAAAGAACAUGAACAAAUUACAAAUGCUUCUUCUAAUUUCUGCAAUGCUGGUGAAAUAGAUGUUGAGGAACAUCAUAACCUCUCAUUGCGUGAAGAUCUCUCUGAAAAUGAAGCAGGUAAAAAUAAGAAAGAAAAACCAUUUUCAGAAUUUCUUGUCCAGAGUGAAAUUUAUUCUGACAGUCCCAUCAGUGAUGUUCUUAAAGAAGAGUCUGAUAGAGAUAUAAACUCUCGCAUUAUUGAAACAUCAAAUGCAGAAAUGAAGGAACAAAACAAAAUUGCAGCUUCAGAUCCUAAUAUUCAUGAUAUUGAAGAAAGUGAUGUCGAAAAGCAAUGUAAACUCGCAAUAAGUGAUGGUUCUGUUGAAACUUAUGACAGAUUAUCAGGAGCAAGUAGAAUGCAACAAAGUGACAUUCAGUCUGACAUUCCCAUCAGUGAUGUUCUUAAAAUAGUGUCUGAUGAAAAAAUAAAGGAACAAAGCGAAAUUACAACUUCAGAUCCUAAUAUUCAUGAAAUUGAAGAAAGUGAUGGUUCUGUUGAAACUUAUGACAGAUUAACAGGAGAACAUAGAAUGCAACAGAGUGAAAUUCAUUCUGACAUUCUCAUCAGUGAUGUUCUUAUAGAAGUUACUGAUAAAGAUAUAAACUCUCGCAUUAUUGAAACAUUGGGUGAAGAAAUAAAGGAACAGAACAAAAUUACAAUUUCAGAUCCUAAUAUUCAUGAUAUUGAAGAAAGUGAUGGUCCUCUUGAAACUUAUGACAGAUUAUCAGGAGAAAGUAGAAUGCAACAUAGUGAAAUCCAUUCUGACAUUCCCAUCAGUGAUGUUCUUAAAGAAGUGUCUGAUGGAGAAAUAAAGGAACAAAACAAAAUUACAACUUCAGAUCCUAAUAUUCGUGAUAUUGAAGAAAGUGAUGGUUCUGUUGAAACUUAUGACAGAUUAAUGGGAGAACAUAGAAUGCAACAGAGUAAAAUUCAUUCUGACAUUCUCAUCAGUGAUGUUCUUAAAGAAGUUACUGAUAAAGAUAUAAACUCCGGCAUUAUUGAAACAUCGGGUGAAGAAAUAAAGGAACAAAACAAAAUUACAAUUUCAGAUCUUAAUAUUCAUGAUAUUGAAGAAAGUGAUGGUCCUGUUGAAACUUAUGACAGAUUAUCAGGAGAAAGUAGUAUGCAACAGAGUGAAAUUCAUUCUGAUAUUCCCAUCAGUGAUGUUCUUAAAAAAGAGUCUGAUAAAGAUGGUGAAAAAGUUACUGUCGGAGAGCAACGUGAACUUGCAAUAAGUGGUGGUUCUGUUGAAACCUAUGACAGAUUAACAGGAGAAAGUAGAAUGCCACAGUGUGAAAUUCAUUCUGACAUUACCAUCAGUGAUGUUCUUAAAAAAGAGUCUGAUAAAGAUAUAAACUCUUGCAUUAUUGAAACAUCAGAUGAAGUAAUAAAGGAGCAAAAGAAAAUUACAACUUCAGAUCCUAAUAUUCAUGAUAUUCAAGAAAGUAAUAGUUUUGUUGAAACUUAUGACAGAUUAUCAGGAGAAAGUAGAAUGCAACAGAGUGAAAUUCAUUCUGACAUUCCCAUCAGUGAUAUUCCUAAUAAAGUGUCUGAUAAAGACGGUGGAAAAGUUACUGUCGGAGAGCAAUGUGAACUUGAAAUAAGUGGUGGUUCUGUUGAAACCCAUGACAGAUUAUCAGGAGAAAGUGGAAUGCCACAGAGUGAAAUUCAUUCUGACAUUACCAUCAGUGAUGUUCUUAAAAAAGAGUCUAAUAAAGACAUGAACUCUCACAUUUUUGAAACAUCAGGUGAAGAAAGAAAGGAACAGAACCAAAUUACAACUUCAGAUCCUAAUAUUCAAGAUAUUGAGGAAAGUAAUGUGAGAGAGCAAUCUGAACUUGUUAUAAGUGACGGUUCUGUUAAUACCUAUGGCAGAUCAUCAGGAGAAACUAUAAUGCAACAGAAUAUAAUUCAUUCUGAUGUUCCUAUUUGUGAUGCAAUAGGAGAAGAAUCAGAAAAAGUUGCAGAUCUAUGUAUUAUGAGUGGAACUAGUGAAAUAAAGGAAGUUCAGGGUAAACAUAAUUUAAUUUCAACUGCUGACUUGAAUAAGAUUGCUAUACAAGAAAACAUUCCACACUCUGGCGUUGAAGCUAUUAAUGUUGCAGCUUUGGAGAAAGAGAAAGUUAAAAUUCCAUUGCUGUCUGAAACUUUAGAAAAUGAUGAUGUAAAUGAGAAAUCAAUUACUGAAAUGAUAGAAGAAACUAAGAUUGAAACUGAUUCUGGUGUUCUCAGUAAUAUUAGAAUAACUGAAUUAAAUUUGUCACAAACUAUUAUUACAUCUCCUGUUACUGAGAUGACUAAAGUAGAAACUGAAGUAAAACUUUUUGCAAGUAUUGAAGAUGCUGCAGAAGCUCUUCCUGCUGUAGAGCAAUCAGAAAUUUCUUCAAUGAAAGAUUCAGUGACUGAUACUUGUCUUUCACAAACACCUCUUAAAUCCGAUGCAGUUGUUGACAAUGUAUCAGAAAAAAUAUCUCAAAUAGAUGCUGCAGAAAUUUUCCCUGCUAUAGAGCAAUCAGAAAUUUUUUCAAUGAAAGAUUCAGUGACUGAUACUUGUCUUUCACAAACACCUCUUAAAUCCGAUGCAGUUGUUGACAAUGUAUCAGAAAAAAUAUCUCAAAUAGAUGCUGCAGAAAUUUUCCCUGCUAUAGAGCAAUCAGAAAUUUUUUCAAUGAAAGAUUCAGUGACUGAUACUUGUCUUUCACAAACACCUCUUAAAUCCGAUGCAGUUGUUGACAAUGUAUCAGAAAAAAUAUCUCAAAUAGAUGCUGCAGAAAUUUUCCCUGCUAUAGAGCAAUCAGAAAUUUUUUCAAUGAAAGAUUCAGUGACUGAUACUUGUCUUUCACAAACACCACUUAAAUUCGAUGCAGUUGUUGACAAUGUAUCAGAAAAAAUAUCUCAAAUAGAUGCUGCAGAAGUUCUUCCUGCUGUAGAGCAAUCAGAAAUUUCUUCAAUGAAAGAUUCAGUGACUGAUAAUUGUCUUUCACAAACACCACUUAAAUUCAAUGCAGUUGUUGACAAUGUAUCAGAAGAAAUAUCUCAAAUAGAUUCUUUGCCUGUUUCGAAAGUUACUACUGCUGAAAGAAACGAGAAAGAAAUUUCUGAUGUAAAAGAUUUAGAUCACUACUUGCAUGAAAGUGUUGUAUCUGACAGUUUAAAAAAUGCACGUGAACAAUUCAAAACUAAUGUUCCUUCUUGUGAAGAAGUUAUUCAAAACAAUGAGGGAUUUCAAGUACUUGAAAGUGUAGCAGAUGAUAUCCAGCAGACACUGAAAGCAUCUAAGGAGUUCAGUAAUGACUUAAUGGACAAUCAACCGAAGAAUGAGACCAAUGAUUCCAAAACUAAAAAAAGAAGGCGAGAUAGGAAAAAGAAGGCAAUCGAUAAAAAUAAUGUGUCAGCAAAUAAGCAGGAGUCUUCAGAUAAUUCCAGUAAUAUUAACAAAGACCAGCUCAAUAAAUCACCAACAAGUAAUUUAGAAAUUUAUUCUAAUAAUCAAAUGACAGAGGUCUCAUCUGAUGCCUCUACUUCUUUUGCUGAAGGUUUAUCAAGGAGUUCUUCCCAACAAAUAGUUCAGGGUUCAGAUAUUGCCAGAAGUUUUCACAGAAAAAAUGUUGAUCUUCAAAAAUAUUUAAAUGAUUCUUCAGAAUUGAAUAAUGAAAACACUGAAUGCAAUAUGACUAUCUCAAAAAAAAUUUCUAACAUGGCUAAUAUUUUAAUAGAUGUAAGUAGUAAUCAUGCAUUGUUGAACUCAAAUGAAAACGAUGCAAAUCUGAUUCUUUCAACUGACAAAUUGGCUGACUUUCAUAUGUUAUCAUGGUUUGGAACAGAAGAAAAACAUCCAGUUCAAUCAGAAUCUCUCUUAGAGGCAAAUUUCUCCCCACCUUUACCAAUCAUUUCUUAUUUACCAUACGUUGAUUCUGAAAAAGAUGUUUUUAUGCAGAACAUAUCACGAAUGAUUGAAGAAUUACAACUCAUCUUGGAGUCUAAAGAUUCAGAGCAAAGUGUUGCAAUAGGAAGUCAUUUUCUUCAGAUUAUUCAUGUGUUACAUCAAUGGGUUGAACAUUUAGAAGUUUGGAUACUUAAUAUAUCUGAAUCGUCUAGUGAAGAAUGUUCUAUUGAAUACAAGAAAAUUGAAAAUGAGCUAUUAGUUGUGCAACAACAGGUUUCAAAUAUUGAAGAUUUCACAGUAAUGAUAACAGAUGCCAUUCCAAUUACUGCACAACAACAAGUUUCAAAAAGUUUAGAAGAUUUGAAACAUAGAAUUGACACCACAAGGAAUUUAGCUUCAACGUGUUUCUCUCAAAUGUCUCAAUGGCAAAAAGAAGACAAAAAUUUAAAUGAACAGCAUAAGUUAGUUAAUGCCAAAAUUGAUUCUCUUUACAAGAACUUGAAAGAAAAAGUUAAUGAUUCUACUGUUUAUAAUAUCCCACUGACAGAGCUAUCUGAAAUCAGAAAGGAGGUGUCUGAAUGUUCCUCUUCUAGUGAACUACUCUGUUUAGAUAAACAGAAAUUGUUUUUGAUUUGGCCAGGUUAUAACUAUGAGAAUACAGAAGAUUGGUUAAAACAGGCCAGGGACCUCAAAAGUAUGAUUAAUGCAACUUGCUUGGCAGUCACACAAGAACAUGACCAUCGCUCAGUUUACAAAAAAGUGUGUGAUUGUCUACAAAUCAUUUUUGUCACUGUGAAGAGUUUCUGUGAGUUACCCUCUCCUAUAGUCAUUGAGUUUUUGGCUGACUUAAAGGAAAAAUUGGACUAUCUUCAGGAAAUGCAACAUGCUCUAAUUGUUUUAUCUCAUAUAUUGAGGAAUAAGUAUUGUCUAUCGAAUGAGAAAUUCCAAGAUGAAACGAAGCAGGAAUUCAAAGUUAUGCAGUCUGAAGUUAUGGAUUCCAUAUCUAAAAUCGAAAAUAAGUUCAAAAAGUUGAACGAGUGCUUCCUUUCAUUAAAUGAUCUUCUUGAGACUCUUGAUAGAAACAAAAGGUGGAUUAUGGAUAAAACCCAUGCUUUUAAAGUUCAGCCUUGUCCAACUGAAGACAUUCAACAAUAUACUUCCUUUAUUAAAUCUCUUAGGCAUGAUCUGAGGAAUUUCACGCCACAUAUCUAUGACAUGCAGAAAGUGAUGAAAACAGUGAAAGUGCAUGUUGACUGUCACCAGGUUUCUGAUUCUUAUGCAGAAUUUAUUCAAUCAUUUUCAAGGUUGCAGGACAAUGUUAAUGUGAAAAUGAACAUUGCAAGCCCAUUUACAAACCAAUAUCUACUUAUUCACCGAGAAAUAGAAGAACUACAAGUUUGGUAUUCUGAUGCAAGUUCACGGUUGCAGUUUGUUCAGCAAGAAAUUAAAAACAGCCAUGAUAUUGCUGCAUUAUUUGAAAACCUGCAACGCAUUUCGGUCCUUGAGAGUGAGCUUGAGUGCAAUGAUGCUCUACCUUUAAGAAUUAAAACUAUGGUGGAUGAUGAAAAUCUCUUAAAUUUAUUCUAUUGCAAUCAGAGUAGUCUAGAGGAUGUUUUAUCAAAGAGGAAACAAAUGAGAAACUCAUUAGAUGAUACAAAAGAGAUAAUUUCUAAACAUCUGUUAAACUUUGAGGAAAAAGAAAUUAAGGAACAUAUUUGUCUUUGGUUGGAAGAUAUUCACUUGUCAUAUAAUGCAUUGGAUAUGAAUAACGUUGAUUCUGAAGAAUCAUUAAAAGAUUUAAAGAGAUAUACUUAUAAAUAUUUUAAAGAAAUGAGUCUUGUCUGUAAACUUCUGAGCUACCAUAAGAUUGUGGAAGGUAUUGAUGAAUCACAGUUUGAUGUUCAUCUUACUGAAAAGAAAAGUGAAAAUUUGAAUGAAGAUUCAAUAAAUAUGUUAAAGUUGAAAAUAGCGAGUGAAGUAAAUAAAAUUGAUGAUUUAAUGAACCAAUUCGAUAAUUAUAAAAUUCAAUCUUCUGCACUCUUAUUGAAACUGGACAGCAUUUUUUCAUCACUUGAAAAGAUUAAUCCUUUGGUACAACAAUCAAACUACUCUGAUGUCAUUUCAAUGAAAGAAGAAGUGCGGGCAUAUCAAAUUUUUAUGAAGGAAAAUCACUUGCUUGAAACUGUUAGACAAAGUGGGGAAGAAAUGCUUAAAUCUGCAAAUUGUGAUUUUGUGAAAAUAUUCAUAGAUUCAACCGAAAAUAGAAUAACUGAAAAAAUUUCUCAGAUUAACAUCCUCCUUAAAAGCACUGAAAAAAGUCUAAAAGAUUGUUCAAAACAGUGGGAUAAGUUUGAGAAUGCCCUUAAAGACUGUUAUAAAUUUAUAUCAGAACAUAAUUGGCUUCUGAGUGUUCAUAACAAGUCAUUCAUCAAUAAGGAACAUGUUUCAGACAGUGUAAAGAUAAUCCAGGCUUUAAUUGAAAACCUAGACUUGAAAAGGGAUCUUCUUAAAAAUGUAAUCAAUAGCAGUGAUGCAUUGGAAGAAAACAGGACUGGAAAUAUAAAGGUUGAGAUAAGGAAUCGAAAAGACAGUUUGAUACAAAUUUGGAAUAAACACUCUGAUGAAUUAUCUACUAAUUUCAAAAUAUUAUCCGCUUUAAAUGUGCUGUGGAAUGAAUUUGAAAGGGAAAUUUGUUCCUUGGAUGCUUGGAUUUUAGAAACUCAAAAUAAAGCUAUUUCCAUUCAAACUAAUAGACCAUGUAUGCUUCUUGAGUUGAAAAACUUAAGCAAGGAAAUGCAAGCUAACAUUGAAAAAUGGCAGUCAAUUCAGAAAGUUGGUGGUGAACUCGCACAAAGUUUUGAGCUGCUAAUUGAUGAUGGUGCUCAGAUCAAAAGAAGAAUCUUAUUUACAGAUUCUCAAAUGAAAAGUUUAGAAAGGAAUCUUAAUUUGUUAAGUGAAUCUAUGCUGCCUUUGUGUGAAGAUCAUAAAGAAAGGGAACAAACCAUUAGAGAUGUGGAAAACUUUUUUGAUAAUACUCAGCAGGUGUGGAGUGAGAAAAAAUUUGAGAAUGAUAAAACAGCAUUGGAAGAUGAGCUUCAUUCAAUUGGGGUACUACUUGAAAAUCUAGUUACUAACCAAGCAAGCCUUCAGCACAUAAAGCGCACAACUAUUUUCUGCCAGCUGAUGGAUUUUUCAUUUGCAAACAAAGUCUCAAAAUUAAUCUGUUUUUCUCAAAAAGUGAUUUCCACUCUUUCCUCAAGAUAUUUUAAAUUGAUGGAAAUAUACUCCGAAAAAUGUUCAUUGAUUGAAAAAAUAAAUAUUAUUUUGCUAUUUUUUCAAAAAUAUAAGAAUUUACAUGAUGAGCUUCAAAAUUCAGAAAAUCAAGCCACAUACUUUAAAUCUUUAGAAUCAUUCAUGAAGUGUAAAUUGUUUGACAUUUUUGUACAUUUCCAUCGAAACUUGUUAAGAUGUGUAGUGAAAGAAUGCCACACCAAUGUGAACUUCACUAAUAUUUCUGAGAUGCAUUUUCUUGAAUUUGCAAAGCAACUACACCAAAGUUGGUGCAAAUUUGAAAAUUUUCAUGAGACCAACUCUUCUCAAGUAAAAGAAAAGAUUCAAUUGUGGGAAAAGUAUUUGCAUCACUUCCAUCAGUCAACAGUACAACUCCAGAAAAUCCGCAGAGACACUUCAAGAUUUCCUAGAACUGUGCCCGUACAAGACCUCGAUUAUGAAAUAUGUAAAAUUGAGAAUUGUAUGAAAAUAGUUCAAAGUACUGUAACAUCUAUUUCUGAUACUGAAACGGCUGCUGAGGAACUCACAGAAGUAUUAAAUUCUUUAUCAAAGACACAUAUUAAUGAAAGCAUCUUGGAGGUUAAAAAACAUUUAAAAGAACAAGAGAUCUUGCUUCAAGAAGAAUUUUCACGACUAAAGAAUGCUCAAAUGGUCUGUGAAGAAAUUGAAAAAUCAUUGAAAACUGGGAAAGAACAACUCGACUCAACUGUCCUGUUUUUGGAAAAGAAUAUUCCAAGUUCUCACCAGGAAUUAGAAAUUUAUUUAAAUCAGCAUAGGGUUGAAUGUGACAAAAGUGAAUCAGGUUCCAUACUUUUGAGUGAUGUCCAUAAGAGCAUUAUUGAAACAGAUUGCACAGUUUCUUGCCCUGUAUAUGGUGAAGAUGUAUCCAUGCAAAUUGAAACAUAUCAAACAAUUAUUCAUUACUUAAACAGAUUUCUCACAAGUGCUGACAUCAAUAAAUCCAAAACCUUUAAUGACGCUUUCAUGUUUUUAAUAGAAUGGUGCUCUCAAACUGAGGAAAAAAUCAAUAGUAAAUAUUUUGGUACUUUAGAAGAUAUUCAAGAAGAAUUAAAUAGUGUAAUAUACAAAGACAUUCAGGACAAAGCAGAACUUUAUGAUUUAGCCAAAUCUUUAGGACUACAAUCAAUAAUGUAUUGCAAUGAUGAACAACAAAAUGAUGAUGAGGCAAAACUUGAAAUUCUUGACAGAAAGUGGAUAAAUGUUAAUGAAACUUUUAGAAAUAGGAUGCUGAACCUUUAUAAUCUAAGUGAAAAGAAAAGAGAUAUAAGUAUGAAGCAUGCAGAACUUAGACAGCUUCUAAUACAAACAGAAAAUUUUUUAAAUGUACCUUUAAAAUUGAAUGAAGUCUCUGAAAAAGAAAUCAAUAGCAAAAUAUCAACAACCGAGGAACUACUCCUUCAUAUGAAUGAACUUUCUGAUAAAAUCAGCUUCUUGAGUAAUGAUUUGGGUGUUCUUAUUGAUCAACCUGAUGCAUUCAGUUGUAGCCUCGAAAAAAGCAUGUAUCUCCAAUCAUCACAAAAUAUCCAACAAAGAUAUGAACUACUUAAGACCUGGUCAUUAGAAAGAUAUAAAUAUUUAAAGCAUGUAUUAACAGCCUUGAGUAAUAUCUUAAACCUACUUAAAAGACUUGAAGAAUGGCUAUCAGAUAAAGAAGCUAUUGCAUCUGAAACAAACUUUGAUGAACAAAACCACAAAAGAACCAUUUAUUUAAAGGGAAUUAAAACCUUUGAAAACCUGAACCAUGACAUUCAAGACAAUGUGUAUCUUUUACACAAUGUAAAUGCUGCAUUUCACACAAUUUCUAGAAAGGAUCUUGAUAUAGACGACACAUUAAAGGACAGAGUAGUUGCAGUUAACAGCAGGUGGCACAAAUUUUAUGAGAAUGUUUCAAAUAUUUUAGAAAGCAUCAAACAAGUUCUUCAAAUGUGGGAUACUUAUGACAAACUUAAAGAACAUUUACUGGUAUUAUUGACAGAGAUUGAUGUGAAACUAACUACCUUGGAACAAUCUAAUUCUUUUUCUCAAGACGAAUUUACUUCAAUGAUGAAUGAGCUGUAUCAACAUGAAGAGGAAUUGUUGAAGUUUAUCAGCUUAGCAAGCAAUCUAAAAGUGAUUAGUCAGUGCUCUGAGAAUGUUAUUUCAACUGAUGUUGAAAAUAUACAAACCUAUUGGGAUGAGAUUCUUAAACGUCUUACAAAAUUCAAAGACAAUAUAAAAUCGGAAUAUGCCCCAGCUGAAAGUGAAGCUGCUUCUGAAAUAGAUGAAGAUAUCGAAGAAGUUUCAUUACAAAAAGUGGUUGUAACUACAUCUGCAAAUGCAUCAGCCAUUUCAGAAGUAAGCGAUGAAGUUGAUGAUUCUGGACAAAAAGAAUAUAUAAGGGAUUUGUUGGCAGCAUUAGAUGAAGCCGAAGAGCGAAUAGACUCAUUGGAAGUUGUGCUUUCAGAACCAACACCUACUGAAAUUGAUGAAAAUAAUGGACCAAACUAUUCUCGUCUCUUAGCUGCUUGCAGAUCUAGUAUCGACGUCAUACAACAUUUAAAUAAUAUUUUGUCUGAAAAUCCCUCCCAUGGCAGCUCUGAAUGUAUCAAAAUUCGAACAGAAGGAAUGAUAAAUAGGUGGGAAAAAAUAGAGAAUGCUACAUUAGACAAGGAAUUGAGAGCAAUGAAGAGGUUUGAAAAAUGGCAGCAAUUCUGUUUGGAGUUGAAAAAUAUUGAAAAAUGGUUGCUUGAUUCUCUACAACUUCUAACAUCUCAAACAAUGUCUGAUGUUAACAUAGAAAAGUUUAUAAUUGAAUUGCAAAAGCAUAAGGCUUUAAUAACAGAAAUAGGAGGAUAUAAAAAAUCUAUUCUUACAUUGAAUGCUGCUGGUCAGAAUUUGAGCUCAGUUUUUAAGUCUAAGAAUAAUUCAGAUUCUAUAAAGAUUAAAUUGAAGGCUGUUAAUGAUCAUUGGGAUAAACUUUGUCUUGUAGCCUUAGAAUGGCAAAACAAACUUCAAAGUGAGUUUCUUAAGAGUGAGGAUCUGAAAAAAACACUUUCUGAAAUGGAAUUGUGGCUGAAAGAAUCGAGAGAGAGAUUGCUGGCUGUUCCACUUAAGUAUAAAAAGGGCGAUAAGCGCAUUUAUGAUCUACACACUGAAGUUUUUGCUCUAAACCAACAACUGGAAAACUGCUCACAACAGGUGCAACUCUUACUAAAUGUAUCAGAUCAGCUGUUUGAUGAUGAAACAAUGGAUGAAGAGAAAAAGUCUGACACAAGAUAUAUGGAAAUACAAUCUAGAUUGUCAUGCAUUUUAAAAGAAUCUGAAGAGUUGCAAACUGAAUGUUCUGAACGAUUGUCCAUCUUGUCUAAACUUCUUUUAGCUAAUAGAAUAUCUCCAUUACCUGAAGAACAGGCAAAUGACUCAUCCGAGGAGAAUAGACCACCUACAAAAAUAAGGCAAUGUUGCCAAUAUCUUGUGAGAGUAGCCAGAGCUUCCAUUCCUUUGCAAGCAAUCUUACUUUUGCUGUUAGGAGCUGCUUUCCUGAUACCUAGGGAUGAAGAAGAAAUUAGUUGUCGCCUAUCCAAUAAUUUUGCAAGCUCCCUAAAUACCAUGCUACGAUACCCAGAUGGGCCACCACCUGUAUAGAAAUUAAAUCAUCAUCAUCAUAUUUUCAAUCAUCAUCAUCAUGUUUUAUCAGUGUACCUGUAAAUUUCCUACCAUUGAAUUCUGUAGAUCUGUUUAGAUUAUAAAUCAGUAUUUUAAUGUCUCGAGCUUGAUUUCAAAAAGAAAAAGAAAAGCUUGAGAUUGGCUCAAGGCCAUCAAGUUUCUUCUAAUUAUUUACUUAAUAUUUUCAAAAUCUUCCAUGCUAUUUUUUUUUUUUAAAGAAGGUUUAAAUCUUAUUUUUUCUUAUUUCAUCAAUAAUCAAUAUAUGCAUUAUCAUUUCCAUGGGAACUAUUCUACAAUCUAUGCAUUAGUUAUGAUUCCAUGGAAUACAAUCAACAGUUUAAUCAUUAAUAUUUUCCAUGUUCCGAAGCAAUUAUCUUUAAAUUGCUUUUGAAUUAUUAAACAGAUUUUAAAUAAACAGUUUUUUUUAUUUCUUUUAUAGUGUAGUAUUGUUUUUUAUUAUUAUUAUGAAGAGAUAAGUUUUCAUGACAGGUUCAUGUUACUUCAAAGUUUUUAAAAAUUAAAUUAUAGUUUUUAAAUUUUCUUCUAAAGCUUCACGUUGAUUUAGUGUGUUUUCAAUGUUUCAUGUUGGUUGUGAUAUCUAUGUCAUGUCUUUCAAUUUUGUGAUCAUUAUCUUAAUGAUUUUUUUAAUAUUAAAAAGAAGUCUAAUUGAUGUUAGUUACCGGUGCUAUGUUUACUUAAUUACGCCUCAUGGUGCUUUUAACAUAAUACUAUGCUUACAUUUUUAAAGUUAAAACAACAACAAAAAAGUUUAAGCAAUUCAUUUUGACUAAAAGAAAUCAACUUAUGUUAAAUAAAUUAUCAAAAAUAUUUAUUUUUAUCAAUAUCCGACAAAAAAAAAAUUUGGUUUAAUACAUUUUUUUCUUUUCCUUUUCUUUUUGUAUUUUUAUAAGUUGAUUUCCUUUUCUCAAACUAUAGUGAUUUUUAUAAUAAGUGCCUAAUCAUUGUUCUUAAAAAUUUGUGCCAUUAAUAAGCUUAUUGUGAUGCUGUAUGUUAACAAAGUGCUUUUUAUUCAAAAUUGUAAAAACUAAUAAAUUUGUUAUCAUUUGUUUAUGUUUAAAAUAUUUAUGUGUCCUUAUCAAGUGAAAUAAAGAAAUAUGAACUUUUUAUUUGUCUGAUUUACUCACAUUAUCUUUGUCAUUUUUAUUAAAAACUACUCUUGAUGUAAUUUUACUUACUUUCAAGCUCAUAUUUUAAAAAUGCUUCAGUAUCAAUGUAUUGUAUUGCAUUAGAUCGGAUAAUGCAUUAAAAAUUUACAAGACA